AUGCAGAUUUCGGAUCAAGUUCUUGGCGAGGGCAGCAGCCGAAAUGCUGGUACAGUUGCGGUAGUUCCACCACCAUCUUUUGCUAUUGAUCCAUUCGACAAGCGUAAGUUGAAGUGGAUGCGGUGGGUGGAGCGGCUCGAAACCGCUUUCCACAUCUACGGAAUUGCGGAUGAGCAAAUGAGAAAAAACUUUCUGCUACAUUACAUGGGGUCCGAUACUUACGAUGUCAUUUGCGACAAGGUUGCUCCGGAAUCCCCAAGAGCGAAAACGUACCAGCAAAUUGUUUCGACGUUGGAUGAUUACUUCAGCCCUCAGCCACUCGAAAUCAGUGAAAAUUUUCGAUUCAAGUGCCGGCGUCAAGGCGACAAAGACGCUGUUUCUGCCAACGAAACUAUCGACGAGUAUUUGGUGGCCCUGCGGAGGAUAGCUGUUACGUGCAAUUUCGGUGCGUAUCUGGAAACGGCAUUGCGGAACCAACUGGUAUUCGGAAUCAAGCGAAACGAUAUUCGAAGCCGGUUGCUGGAGAGACGGGAUCUGACCUUGGCGACAGCCCGUGACAUAGCCGUUAGCAUGGAACUAUCACGGAAAGGGGGAGCUGAAAUCGAAGGCGGCUCAACCAGACAAGAGGUACAUGCUGUACAUAAUCCGACAGGACAUCUCGCGAAAGUUUGCUUAAAGAAGUGCGCCACUGUGAAAAGUAAUUCGAAUUCGACGAAUAAGUCAAAUGCAGUUCAAACGAACUAUGUUGACAAUUGCGGCGAAAGCCAAAGUUCCGGGAGUGAAAAAACUCGGGAAGUUUGUACGGUCGAAUCGUUGUCGCGUUGCAAAAAGUUUUUACUAGACGUAUCGGUGAACGGAAAGAAUAUUCGAUUCGAAGUUGAUACGGGUUCGCCGGUUGCUAUUAUCAAUUCGGAAAAUCUGAAAAAAUUGUUUCCAAGAGUGCGGUUGCGUAAAUGCGAUACGAAUUUAGUUAGCUAUUGCAAUACCAGUAUUAAUGUACUCGGUAUUUUCGACGCGAGUGUUAAUUACGGAGGAAAAACAAUGAACUUGCCAUUGUAUGUUGUGCAUUCUGAAAAGCAUCCCUUGCUCGGCCGGGAAUGGCUGAAAGAGAUGCCGGUGGAUUGGAACAAAGUUUUCCAGAACUCGAACGUGAUUAAUACGAUUGCUGCUACUGCCCCUUCGUGUCGCGAUGCUGCUUUGAAGGUGUUACUGGACAAGUACCCGGAAGUAUUUGAUGCCUCUAUAGGGAGGAUUUCGAAUAUUCAAGCUAACCUACCGUUAAAGAAAAACGCUCGACCAGUGUUUCUGAAGGCACGGAAGAUACCGUUCAAUAUGAUUAAAUCAGUUGAGGAUGAAUUAGACAAGCUGAUUGCCGAAGGUGUGCUAACUAAAGUCAAUUCUAGUAAUUGGGCGACACCUAUCGUUCCGGUGAAAAAGUCGCACAAUAGAGUAAGAAUUUGUGGCGACUAUAAACAAACUGUUAACCCAAACCUUGUAAUAGACAAACAUCCCUUGCCUACUGCGGAUGAGUUGUUUGCUUCACUUGCUGGUGGGAAAAAGUUCAGCAAGAUUGAUCUUGUUCAAGCAUACCUGCAGCUUGAAGUUGCUCCGGAGGAUCGUGAAAUCCUCACAUUGUCUACUCAUCGUGGCCUUUACCGGCCAAACCGGUUGAUGUACGGUGUUGCGUCGGCUCCAGCUAUCUGGCAGCGACAAAUGGAAUCCAUAUUGCAAGGAAUUGAAGGCGUGAGUGUAUUCCUGGAUGAUAUUAAAAUUACGGGUGAGAAUGAUGAAGUUCACCUACGUCGAUUUGAAGAAGUACUUCGACGAUUGCACGAAUGCGGAAUACGAGUGAACAAAGACAAAUGCGAGUUCUUUGCUGAUAAGAUUGAAUACUGCGGAUACUUGAUCGAUAAAGACGGUAUCCACAAAAUACGGAAAAAGGUAGAGGCGAUUCAACAGAUGCCCAGACCGAAGAACAGAGAUGAAGUUCGAUCGUUCGUGGGAUUUGUAAAUUAUUACGGGCGGUUCUUUCAGAACCUGAGUACGGUUCUAUAUCCGCUAAACAAUUUGCUUAAAAAUGAUGUGCCUUUCAAGUGGACGAAACAAUGCGAAGAUUCCUUCAAGAAGGUGAAAGAUCAGAUGCAGUCUGACAGUUGCCUUGUUCAUUACUCACCUGAGUUACCACUGUUGCUCGCUACGGAUGCUUCGCCUUACGGAGUAGGAGCUGUACUAAGUCAUGUGUAUCCUGAUGGUUCGGAACGACCAAUUCAAUUUGCGUCACAGACUCUUAAUCGUGUACAACAGAACUACAUGCAAGUGGACAAAGAGGCGUAUGCUGUUAUCUUCGGGGUGAAGAAAUUCUUCCAAUACAUUUACGGAAGGAAGUUUACAUUGCUUACCGAUAAUCAAGCGAUUUCAAAAAUCUUCGGAGAGCAUAAAGGAUUGCCGGUCAUGUCUGCACUAAGAAUGCAACAUUAUGCUACGUACUUGCAAAGUUUUGAUUACGAAAUUCGAUUUCGUAAGUCAACCAAUCAUGCGAAUGCCGAUGCUAUGUCAAGAAUCCCAUUGACAGUAACCGAUUCCGAAAACGAGAUUGAAGAAUCAGAUGCGAUUGAGUUGAGCCAAAUUGAUACUUUACCCUUAACUGCUGCUGAGUUGGGUCAAGCCACUGCUGAGGACCAACUAGUUCAAAAAUUGAUUCAAGGAAUCAAACACGGCCAACUGGUGGAAUCCAAGGAUCGGUUUGGAUUAGAGCAGAACGAGUUCUCCCUACAAAAAGGAUGCUUGAUACGGGGAAUUCGAGUGUACGUGCCUGCUAGUCUUCGGAAACGUGCUCUGGAAGAAUUACAUUCUACUCAUUUCGGGGCAACCCGUACUAAGUCAUUAGCACGAGGAUACUGCUGGUGGCCGGGGUUAGACCGAGAUAUAGAGGAAAUUGUUGCAAACUGCACCGACUGUCAGUCGGUACGUGCUGAACCUGCUAAAAUGAACUUGCAUUGCUGGGAAACACCUAGUAAACCGUUUCAAAGAGUUCAUGUCGACUUUGGUGGUCCAUUCAUGGAUACUUAUUUCUUCAUUUACGUCGACGCGUUCAGUAAGUGGCCGGAAGUUCAAACAUGCCGAUCCAUUACAGCUGAAAACACCGUCAAUAUGUGUCGUGAGAUCUUCAGUAAAUUCGGUAUUCCGUCAGUGCUGGUGAGCGACCAUGGUGUGCAAUUUACGUCGGAGGUUUUUCAGCGAUUCCUCAAGAUGAAUGGUAUAGUACACAAAAUGGGUGCACCAUACCAUCCGGCCACGAACGGCCAAGCCGAGCGUUACGUUCAAACUAUCAAGCAGAAGUUGAAGACAUUAAAGUGCUCUAGGUCUCAACUAAACUUGGAACUGUGUAACAUUCUUCUUACAUACCGAAAAAUGAUUCACCCAUCAACGGGAAAAUCACCGUCAAUACUCGUGUUCGGUCGACAGAUUCGAUCGAGACUCGACUUAUUACUACCGAAGGACGAAACUUCAAGGAAGGUUGACAUUGCUGUGCGGCAAUUCUGCGACGGUGAUAGAGUUCGUGUACGUGAUUUCUUAUCAAAUAGCAAAUGGAAAUUUGGUAAGAUUGCUGAAAAAGUCGGGAAGCUCCGAUAUGCUGUUCGUUUGGAUGAUGGGCGAAUCUGGGAGCGUCACAUUGAUCACAUAGUAGGUGUGGGCGCUAAUCUACAAGGAGAUUCGAUGGACACUCCAGAUGCGGAGGAGUUCAUUGAACGCUACGAGCCAACUGCUUCUGCUGCGGUUGUUCCGGUGACUGCGUGCUCAAACGAGACUACUGGUACGACACCGGUGGUUGCUUGCGAUGAUACUGCGGAGACGAACUUAGAUGCUCCAUGUCCGGAGCGUUCUUCCACUACGGAGAUCAGACGAUCUACAGCGAUAGAGAAGUUGCCGUUACCUCGGCGGUCCGGUCGUAUAAUUAAACCUCCCCAGAGAUUGAAUUUGUAA